AUGGCAACCAAGGCCGAAAGCUCUGCCCCGGCAGACGUCGCCGACACCACCACAUCAGCCAAACGCAAGUCGACCAGCCAACAAGAGAUCGAGGUCGACCUAUCCGCGCCAGAACCCCCCUCCAAGCGAGCCCGCCGUGCGCUGAAAAAGGGCAAGGCCCUCCCGACGAAGCCGGCCAGCGACGCCGAAAAGGACGACUCGGACGCCGAGAAAAAGGACAAGGCCCGCUCGGAACAUGCAAUCUGGGUCGGCAACCUACCCUUCACGGCCACAGCUGCCCUUCUGCGCAGGUGGCUCGUCGACAACUCGGGCCAGGUCAUCACCGAAGACUCCAUUACGCGUAUCAAGCUCCCCACGGUCAAGGAGCCCGGCCGCGACAAGACCAAGGCGCCGGCGAACAAGGGCUUCGCCUUCGUCGACUUUGCCGACAUUGGCCCCAAGGUCGCCGCCGUCGCGCUGUCCGAGUCCGACUUCCAGGGCCGCAGACUUCUGAUCAAGGACGCCAAGUCCUUUGAAGGCCGGCCCAAGAGGGAAAAGGAGCCGGCGGCGGAUGUUGCCGCGGAGCACGCCGGGGCCGGGGCCAACAAGGACGCCAACGCGAGCCGCAAGAUCUUUGUCGGCAACAUGAGCUUCAAGACGACCGACGAGGACCUGGCCCGAAACUUUGAAAAGUGCGGCGAGAUCGAGUGGGUCAAGGUGGCUACCUUCGAGGACACGGGCAAGUGCAAGGGCUUCGGAUGGGUCAAGUUCAAAGAGCCCGAGAGCGCCGCGUGGGCCGUCAAGGGCUUCGUCAAGAUCAAGGAGGAUAUUGAGACGGAGGACGACUUCAAGAGCGACGGGGACAACGACGACGUCGACAGCGACGGCGGAAGCGACAGCGAGGAUAAGCAGCGGCAGAAGCAGGUCAAGACGAGGAAGUGGUGGGUCAACAGGCUGCUGGGGAGACAGCUGAAGCUGGAGCUCGCCGAGGACGACCAGACGCGCUAUAAGAAGCGGUUUGGUAAAGAUGCGCCGAAGCGCGACGGAGUCCCCAGGGCAUCGUCGUCCCGCGACGGCAAGCAUCGGACCGCUGGCGAGCAGCCGGACAAGGGGCCCGCGCCUGUCAAGGAAGCCUCGGAUAUCCGGGUCGCCAAGCUGACGGGCGCCUUGGUCAAGCACACCGGCACUAAGAUGACAUUUGACUAG